GGAGAGAGAGCGAGAGAGAGAUUGAGAGAGAGAGAAGGAAAGGGAGGGAAGGAGAAGGUCUGCAGUCUGAUCUUGCGCGAGCCGAGACGACGCUGUCAGACUGAUCACCCUGCAACCUGGGAAUAACUACAAACUGCAGAUUGCUCUUCAACGCAACAAGGUCGCAUCGUUUCUGCUGCACACGGACGCUUGGUCGAGAACUUUCAUGUUUUUUUUUUCUCUCCCUCGGAUCCGGAUGCUCCGUUGAUGUUGCAUAGUUGAAGGUGGAUUAUCAUGCCUGCUAAUGGUGACUGUCUGGAGACGUGUUUAGGAGCCGCGCGACAACUCGCAGGAGGGAUGUUCUGGUUUUGACGUGCCUGCGUGCGUGGAGCAGACGAGGAAUUGUCGUGAUUUUUACGCGUGUGGAGGAGACCAGCCCCUUCUCGUUCUUAUCCCCCAGGUGUGAAAUAUAUCCCUCAUGCCUGAAUGACAUGGUUCAUUCCAGCUACGAGAUCCGAGCCUCCUCCAUGCAUUGGGAUUUUUCCCGAGUGAAUCACCCCUUUCUGAGCAUCUGAGAACUAACACUAGAGAAGCUUUACCAUGGACACCGCUUGGAGUCAGGACGGGGCACCUGAGAGGAGACCGGAAUGCUCACGCACCCAGAAUGGGACCAGCAUGGGGAUUUUUGCUGUCAUGAGAGGGGGUCAAUGGAGCCGGGUGAUGCUUCUGCUCUAUAUGGGGCUGCUUAGCGCCUCGGCAAAGGGUCAGAACUGCAGCUACACACUACACAGUCCCAAUGGGACGAUAGAAAGCCCCGGCUACCCAUACGGUUAUCCCAACUAUGCCAACUGCACGUGGGUGAUUGUAGCAGCCGAGCAUAACCGGAUACAACUGGUGUUUCAAGGCUUUGCCCUGGAGGAGGACUUUGACAUCUUGUCCGUUUAUGACGGGCCGUCCAGUCCAGGGAACCUACGGACAAGGUUAACGGGGUUCCAGCUGCCAUCGCCUAUUGUAAGCACAGGCUCCAGGCUCACUUUGUGGCUACUAUCUGACUACGCAGUGAGCGGCCAGGGAUUUAAAGCAUCCUAUGAAGCUUUGCCCAGCUACACGUGUGGUAAUCCCGGGUUGCUUCUCAACGGCCAUCAGCAAGGGUCCACGUUCAACAUCGGAGACAAAAUACGCUACAGCUGCAACACGGGCUAUGUAUUGGAGGGUCACACCACCUUGUCUUGCCUCGCCACUUCAGCUGGAACUGCUGCAUGGGAUUUCCCCUUGCCCUACUGCAGAGCGGAUGACGGGUGUGGAGGGACACUUCGAGGCCAGAGCGGGGUGAUCACCACUCCCAAUUACCCCGCCGAGUACCACAAUAAUGCUGACUGCACGUGGACCGUGCUGGCCGAGCCAGGAGACACCAUCGCCCUGGUCUUCUCUGACUUUCAGCUGGAGGACGACUACGACCUGCUGGAGGUCAGCGGCACGGAGGGUUCGUCGCAGUGGUUCACCGGCCCCAACCUUCCCUCGCCCAUUAUUAGCAGCAAGAACUGGCUUCGUCUGCAUUUUACAUCAGAUGGCAACCAUAAGAUGAAAGGUUUCAGUGCCCAGUACCAAGUAAAGAAGAUGACUGAGCUGAAGUCCCGAGGUGUAAAGAUGUUACCGAGCAAAGACAACUACCACAAGCUAUCAGUGUUGUCUCAAAUGGGUGUGGCCCAAGGACACAACAUGUGUCCAGACCCCGGCGUCCCAGAUCGUGGCAAAAGAAAAGGCUCAGACUUCAGACGCGGAGCCACAGUGCAUUUCUCCUGCGACGAGGGCUACGAGCUGCAGGGCUCCAAGAGCAUCAGCUGUCUGAGAGUGACUGACAGCUAUGUGGGCUGGAGUGACGAGCGGCCCAUCUGCAGAGCCCCAAUGUGUGGCGGUCAACUAAAAGGACCCGGUGGUGUCAUCACAUCUCCAAACUACCCGGUCCAGUAUGACAACAAUGCCAACUGCACUUGGAUCAUCACAGCGACAGACACGUCUAAGGUGAUCAAGCUGACUUUUGAGGAUUUUGACCUGGAGCGAGGCUACGACACGCUGACAGUGGGAGACGGCGAGGUGGUGGGGGACCAGAAGACGAUCUUUCAUGUCUUAUCCGGUACCACCACUCCAGAUCUUGUGGUUAGCACCAGUCACCAGAUGUGGCUCAAUUUCAAAACAGACGACACAAGUGGCUCUCUGGGCUUCAAGGUGUCAUAUGAAGAAAUUGACCAAGGCAGCUGUGGUGACCCCGGCAUCCCCGCUUAUGGCAAACGAGAGGGGACGGGUUUCCGUCACGGGGACAGGCUGUACUUUGAGUGCCUGCCUGCCUUUGAGCUGGUGGGCAAGAAGAACAUCACCUGCCAGAAGAACAACCAGUGGUCUGCCAAGAAACCCAGCUGCGUUUUUUCCUGUUUCUUCAACUUCACCACACCCUCUGGAGUGCUGCUGUCCCCAAACUACCCGCAAGAGUACGGCAACAACAUGCACUGUGUUUGGCUGAUUAUAACCAACCCUGAAAGCCGAAUUAACCUGGCCUUCAAUGACCUGAGCAUGGAGAAACAGUUUGACUUCCUCUCUAUUAAAGAUGGCGGAAAGGCUGAGUCUCCCAUCUUGGGCACCUUCUCUGGUGAUGUGCUUCCUCCUCCCAUUACAACCAGUGCUCAUGUAGCACGCCUGGAGUUCUUGACCGACCACACCUACACAAACAGAGGCUUUAACAUCACUUUUACUACAUUUCGCCACAAUGAGUGCCCCGAUCCGGGAGUCCCAGUGAACGGGAAGCGCUUUGGCGAAAGUCUUCAACUGGGGAGUUCCAUCUCCUUCCUGUGUGAGGAGGGAUUCGUCAAGACCCAUGGCUCACAAACCAUAUCAUGCAUUCUCAAGGAUGGCAACGUGGUGUGGGACAAUGCUGUUCCACGCUGUGAAGCCCCCUGUGGAGGGGAUCUGAAGGCUCCCAGUGGAAUCAUCCUCUCUCCUGGCUGGCCAGAACUCUAUAAGGAGGCCCUUAACUGUGAAUGGAUCAUUGAAGCUCCUCCAGGCUACCCCAUCAAGAUCAUCUUCGACAAGUUCCGCACUGAAGUCAACUAUGAUGUUCUGGAGGUCCGCGAUGGCCGUUUUCCUUCUUCACCACUAAUUGGAAGUUACCAGGGCACCCAGGUUCCCCAGUUCCUCAUCAGCACCUCCAAUUUCCUGUAUCUUCUCUUCUCCACCGACAAGAGCCACUCCGACAUUGGCUUCCGAAUACGCUACGAAACCUUGCAGCUACAGUCAGACCACUGCGUGGACCCUGGCAUACCUGUCAACGGGCAGCGGCACGGCAACGACUUCUAUGUGGGCGCUCUGGUGACAUUUAGCUGUGACGCGGGGUACACGCUUAGUGAUCCGGAGCCUCUAGAAUGUGAACCCAAUUUCCAGUGGAGCCGCCCGCUGCCGAGCUGCGAUGCACUGUGUGGAGGUUACAUCCAAGGCAACGUCGGCACCAUCCUGUCUCCAGGAUUUCCAGACUUCUACCCGCACAACCUCAACUGUACUUGGAUAAUCGAGACCUCCCAUGGCAAAGGUGUCCAGUUUACCUUUCACACCUUCCAUCUGGAGAGCCCUCACGACCACUUGUUGGUGACGGAGAACGGCAGCUUCUCUCAGCCCCUGUGGAGGCUGACGGGCUCUACUCUGCCGCCGCCUCUGAGUGCCGGCCUGUUUGGGAACUACACGGCUCAGAUACGCUUCCUGUCUGACUUUUCUGUUUCCUACGAAGGGUUCAACAUCACUUUCUCUGAGUAUGAUCUGGAGCCAUGCGAAGAUCCAGGAAUCCCACCCUACAGCACCAGAAAGGGCCUUCAGUACGGGGUGGGAGAUGUGCUUAUCUUUUCCUGUUUCCCAGGUUACCGACUCGAGGGUCCUGCGAGGGUGGUGUGCUUAGGGGGCAGGAGGCAGGUGUGGAGCUCCGCUCUGCCAAGGUGUGUUGCUGAAUGCGGCUCCUCCGUGACUGGCAUGCAAGGGGUGCUCCUCUCCCCCAACUACCCUGGUUACUAUGGCAACAACCAUGAGUGCAUCUACUCCAUCCAGACGCAGCCGGGCAAAGGGAUCCAGCUCCGAGCUCGAGACUUCCGACUGGAGGAGGACGAUGUGCUCAAAGUGUUUGAUGGCAGCAGUAAUACGGCUCGUCUGCUCGGAGUGUUUACGGACAGCGAAAUGCUUGACACAACCCUGAACUCCACAUCCAGCUCCAUGUGGCUGGAAUUCAUCAGCAAUGCAGACAAUACCAGUAAAGGCUUUGAGCUACACUUCACUAGCUUUGAGCUGGUGAAGUGUGAGGAUCCAGGCGUCCCCCAAUUUGGGUACAAGCGAGAAGACAAGGGUCAUUUUGCGGGGAGUACUGUGUCGUACAGCUGUGACCCCGGCUACACCCUAAAAGGCCCAGAAGUGCUCACCUGCCUGAGGGGGGAGAGGAGGGCAUGGGACAGCCCUCUCCCGCUCUGUGUCGCUGAAUGCGGGGGUACCAUCAAAGAUGAACCCACUGGUAGGAUUCUGUCUCCAGGCUACCCAGCUCCGUAUGAACACAACCUGCACUGCGUGUGGACCAUUGAGGCUGCGCCAGGAAGCACUAUUAGCCUGCAUUUCCUGGUUUUCCACACUGAAGAGAUCCAUGACGUGCUUCGCAUCUGGGAUGGUCCCCAAGAUGGAGGAGUGUUGCUGAGGGAACUGAGCGGCUCUACGUUGCCGCCGGAUGCCCACAGCACCUUCAACACCAUCAGCCUGCAGUUCACCACUGAUUUCUUCACCAGCAAGCAGGGCUUUGCCCUGCAGUUCUCUGUCUCUACCGCUACCUCGUGCAAUGACCCCGGCAUGCCGACUAAUGGGACCCGCAGCGGCGACAGCAGGGAACCAGGGGACCAUGUGGUAUUCCAGUGUGACCCAGGCUACAUCCUGCAGGGGACCAACAAGAUCACCUGCACUGAGAUCAACGGUCGCUACUUCUGGCAGCCAGACCCUCCCACUUGCACAGCUCCAUGUGGAGGCAACCUCAGCAGUCCUAGUGGGUUGAUCCUUUCUCCGGAUUAUCCUGAACCGUACCCUCAUGGGAGAGAGUGCGACUGGACCGUUACUGUCACAGAGGACUACGUCAUCGCCCUCAGCUUCAACCAAUUCAGCUUGGAGCCCAGUUAUGACUUCCUGCAUAUCUAUGACGGACCAGAUUCCCUCAGCCCUUUGCUCGGAAGCUUUUACGGCACAGAUGUGCCCGAUAGAAUUGAGAGCAGCUCCAACACUCUCUUUCUGGCCUUCCGCAGCGAUGCCUCCCUUAGCAGCAACGGAUUUGUGCUUCAGUACACAGAGAACCCCAGGGAGUCUUGCUUCGAGCCGGGUCUGGUGCGCAAUGGGACGCGGAUGGGCACCGAACUCAAGCUGGGCUCCACUGUCACCUACCACUGCGACAGCGGCUACACACUAGAGGGAGAACAAACCCUCACAUGCAUCAUGGGGGCAGAUGGCAAGCCAAGCUGGAACAAGCCCAAACCCAUCUGCACUGCGCCGUGUGGUGGGCAGUACUCAGGUUUGGAAGGAGUGGUCCUAUCCCCUGGUUACCCCGGCAACUACAGCAAUGCAAGAACCUGCCUGUACUCUGUGGCGGUUCCCAAGGAUUAUGUGGUGUUCAGCCAGUUCGCGUUCUUCCAGACAGCUCUAAACGACGUUGUGGAGGUGUUUGAUGGGCCCACACAAUCCUCCCGGGUUCUUAGUUCCCUGUCUGGAGCACACACAGGCGAGUCAUUGCCGUUAGCGACAACCAACCAAAUCCUGAUACGCUUCACCUCGAAAGGUCAAUCCAGCUCCAGGGGAUUCCACCUGGUCUACCAAGCUGUGCCACGGACCAGUGCCACCCAGUGCAGCUCAGUCCCAGAGCCCCGGAAUGGUCGCCGAAUGGGCAACAAUUUUGCUGUUGGCGCCGUGAUUCGCUUUGAGUGCAGCCCAGGUUAUGUGCUCGAGGGAUCGAGUGCCAUUGAAUGUCUGACAGUACCCAACGCACUGGCACAGUGGAACAGCUCCAUCCCCAGCUGCAUAGUUCCGUGUGGAGCUAAUCUCACCCAUCGUACUGGGACCAUUUUAUCUCCUGGGUUUCCAGAACCUUACCUCAACAGCCUCAACUGUGUCUGGAAGAUUACCGUUCCAGAGGGCUCGGGAAUCCAGAUUCAGGUCAUCAGCUUUGUCACAGAACAGAACUGGGAUUCGUUGGAGGUGUUUGAUGGAGGAGACAACACUGACACCAUGCUUGGUAGUUUCUCAGGCACCACGGUUCCAGCUCUCCUCAACAGUACUUCCAACCAACUCUACCUGCACUUUUUCUCCGAUAUCAGUGUGUCCGCUGCUGGAUUCAGGCUGGAAUACAAAACGGUGUCUCUUACCAACUGUCCUGAACCCAUCAUUCCUAUGAAUGGCAUCAAGGUUGGGGAGCGUCUUCAGAUGAAUAAUGUGGUGUCCUUUCAGUGUGAACCUGGAUACACUCUCCAGGGGAACUCGCACAUCACAUGCAUGCCUGGAACUGUCCGGCGAUGGAACUACCCGCCGCCUCUCUGCAUCGCCCAGUGUGGAGGAAUCCGGGAGGAGAUGGAGGGUAUGAUACUCAGCCCGGGUUUUCCUGGCAACUACCCAAGCAACAGCGACUGCACAUGGAGGGUCUACCUGCCAGUUGGUUAUGGAGCCCACAUACAGUUUCUCAAUUUCUCCACGGAAGCCAAUCACGAUUUCCUCGAAAUACGCAAUGGACCACUGGACACGAGUGCCGUCAUCGGCCGAUUCAGUGGGCAGGAUGUCCCUUCCUCGCUUCUCACCACCUCGCAUGAGACUACCGUUUAUUUCCACAGCGACCAUUCACAGAACAAACCAGGGUUUAGGUUUGAGUACCAAGCUUAUGAACUGCAAGAGUGCCCUGAUCCAGAGCCUUUCCGCUACGGGGUGGUAGUAGGUGCUGGCUACAACGUAGGGCAGUCCAUAUCCUUUGAGUGUCUGCCUGGAUACAAGUUGGUGGGACACUCCAUCUUGACAUGUGAACACGGAACAACACGCAAUUGGGAUCAUCCGUUCCCUCGCUGUGAAGUGCCUUGCGGUGGAAACAUCACAUCGGACAACGGAACCGUCUUCUCUCCACGUUACCCAGAAGAAUACCUUAACUCGGCUGACUGCUCCUGGUUGAUCACUGUGGCUCCUGGUUUUGGCAUCAAGCUCAACUUUACCCUGCUUCAUGUUCACGGGCCCCAUGACUUUAUUACAGUCUGGGAUGGUCUACAAGAAACAGCAAGGAAGCUUGGUGUGUUCACCGAUGGUGAGCCCAACGAGCCUCCCAGCAGCACAUCCAAUCAGGUGCUGAUCCGUUUCCGUAGUAACACAGAGAAAGGUGGAUUGUUUCGCAUUGACUAUCAAGCUUACAGGCUUCAGUUCUGUCUGCCUCCUACCAUCAUUCCAAACGCAGAGAUCCUGAUGGCAAGCAAAGAGUUUAAAAUUGGUGACAUAGUACGCUACAGGUGCUUUCCUGGCUACCAUCUAAGCGGCAACGACAUUCUCACGUGUCGCUUGGGGACCUACUUGGAGUUCGAGGGGCCUCCACCUUCAUGUGAUGUGACGUGUCCCAUGAAUGAGAUACUGACGGCGUCCACAGGUGUCAUCAUGAGCCAGUCACCGGGCACCGGCUUCCCUCACUUUGAGUCAUGCUCCUGGGUGGUGAAAGUGGAACCCGGAUUCAAUGUCACUUUCACCAUUGAGCACUUCCAGACUAGCCGUCAAUUUGAUGAGCUUGAGAUCUUUGAUGGCCCAUCAAGACAGAGUCCUCUCCUGAUCACGCUCAGCGGUAACUACUCCAGCCCACUCAGCAUCACCAGCUCCAGUAACAAAGUCUACCUGCACUGGUCCUUCGACCACACUACCAGUCACAAAGGCUUCCGUAUACGCUACUCAGCGGCCUACUGCAGCCCGCCAAGCAGCCCUGUCAACGGCACAGUGCACAGUCUUACGGGCACCAAAUUGGGAAGCACUCUGCGUUUCAGCUGUGACCAAGGCUUCCGACUCAUCGGCCAGAGCAGCGCCACGUGUACACGGACCGCACAGGGGAUCUAUCAGUGGAAUGCGCCAGUGCCACUCUGUCAAGUCAUGUCCUGUGGAAUGCCAGUGCCUCCUGUCAAUGGCAGCAUUAUGGGCCAGGACUUCUCACUCGGAGCCAGGGCUUCAUAUCGGUGCAACCCAGGAUUCCGACUUGCAGGGCCUGUCACCACUACAGUAGUCUGCCAAGAAACUGGCCGGUGGAGCCCCAUUGAAGCCCCCCCACGAUGUGUCCCGGUGACCUGCCCUGACAUCGGCCACUCCGCAGUCGACCACGGACGAUGGAGAUUAAUCUACGGAACCCAGAACCAAUAUGAUACUAUUAUGAUGCUCAUAUGUGACCCGGGGUAUUACUACAGGGGUCAACGCGUCAUACAGUGUCAGGCCAACAGCACCUGGAACUACCCAGAUCCCCGGCCAGUCUGUGACAUCAUUUCCUGUGGUGACCUUGGAACUCCACCAAACGGCAACAAGAUUGGAACACUGACUGUGUAUGGAGCCACGGCAAUUUUUUCCUGCAAUACAGGCUACACUUUAGUGGGCUCCCGCGUGCGAGAGUGCAUGUCCAAUGGACUCUGGAGCGGAACACAGGUCCAGUGUCUGGCUGGCCACUGCGGCACCCCUGAGCCCAUUGUGAACGGGCAGAUCAAUGGGGAAAACUACAACUAUAGAGGUAGUGUUGUAUACCAGUGUAACCCGGGAUUUCGUCUCAUCGGGGUGUCUGUGAGGAUCUGUGAACAGGAUCACCGCUGGUCAGGGCACACCCCUGUUUGUGUCCCUAUCACAUGUGGUCACCCUGGUAACCCCACCUUUGGUGUAACCCAAGGAUCCCAGUUCAGCUUAAAUGAUGUGGUUCGUUUUAUCUGCAAUACCGGAUAUGUUCUCCUGGGGCCCGUUAAAUCCACAUGCCAGGCCAACGGGCAGUGGAGUAGCACUCUGCCUCGUUGUAAAAUUGUGAACUGCACAGAUCCAGGCCAUGUGGAGAAUAGUGUCAGGCAAGUCUUAACCAGUGGACCACAUCGCUACAGCUUCCAGACCACUGUGUCAUACCGUUGUAACCCAGGCUACUACCUGCUGGGAACGAACUCCAUCUCCUGUCAAGGCGACGGUACCUGGGACCGCUCCCUGCCCAAGUGCCUUUUGGUGUUGUGUGACCGCCCCAGCAUACCCCCCUACGCCCAAAUCUCAGGCGACCGUCGGACUGUGGGCUCGGUCAUCCGCUACAGCUGCAUCGGCCAGCGUACCAUCAUUGGCAACACUACGCGCAUGUGCCAGCUGGAUGCGCAAUGGAGCGGCUCACCACCACACUGCUCUGGGGACGCUGCAGGCCUUUGUGGAGAUCCAGGUGUUCCCGUGCAUGGCAUCCGUUUGGGAGAUGAGUUCACAGUUGGUAGUGUGGUGCGGUUUAGCUGCGAGCCGGGUUACAUGCUGAAAGGUUCCCCUGAGAGAACGUGCCUGGCCAAUGGAACCUGGCUGGGUACUCAGCCUGAGUGUCAUGUAAUAUCCUGUGGAAACCCUGGAACUCCUCGGAAUGCCCAGAUCCUGGUCCACGAUGGCCUCACCUUUUCCCGAUCCAUUACUUACGCCUGCAGAGAGGGCUACUACUCUACGGGCCUGCUAACCCGCCACUGUACGAUCAACGGCACCUGGACCGGCAACAUGCCCGAGUGCUCUGUAAUCAACUGCGGUGACCCUGGCGUACCUGCCAAUGGGGUGAGGUCCGGGAAUGAUUUUACCUACAGCCAUACCGUUAGUUUCCAGUGUUCUCCUGGUUUCACCAUGGAUGCCGACCGCGCCUCCACCCUCGUCUGCACAAAGGACCGCACCUGGAACGGCACCAAACCUCUCUGUAAAGCAAUUGUAUGUGGUUCGCCGCCGAUCAUUCCUAAUGGACAGGUGGUUGGUACAGACUUCAACUGGGGCUCCAGCAUCAGCUACUCCUGUAACCAAGGUUACCAACUGUCACUGCCCACUGUGUUAAUUUGCCAAGGCAAUGGCAAUUGGAGCGGGGAGAAACCGCAGUGCUUUCCUGUUUUCUGUGGAGACCCUGGCUUUCCUGCCCAAGGGAGAAGGGAAGACCGGGGCUUUACCUACCUUUCUUCCGUCUCCUUUUCCUGCUAUUCCCCCUUCAUCCUUGUGGGCUCUACCAGGAGGUACUGCCAAUAUGAUGGCACUUGGAGUGGAACACAGCCCUCUUGCAUAGACCCGACACACACCACCUGCAUAGACCCGGGCACACCUCUCUUUGGUAAUCAGAACAACAGCCAAGGAUAUCAGAUCAGUGGCACAGUUUUCUUCAGCUGCAGAAAAGGCUACCUGCUGCAGGGCUCUAUCUCUCGGACUUGUCUGCCCAACCUCACUUGGAGUGGUUUUCAGCCUGAGUGCAUCGCUCACCACUGCAGCCAGCCAGAGCUGCCAGCCCAAUCGGACGUGCGGGCCAUUGAACUGCCAUCCCUCGGCUACACACUGAUCUAUACAUGCCAGCCCGGAUUCUACUUGGCUGGAGGAUCAGAGCACAGGACCUGCAAGUCCGAUGGGAGCUGGACUGGGAAACCACCUCUCUGUGCAGCUGAUAACCGUCCAAGUGGUAAGAGCCCAGUGGGAACAGUGCAGGAGCCUCCUUCCAAAUUGCCCGUCCCAGGCGGUGUAUUUUCAAAGAACUCUUUGUGGAGGGGCUCCUAUGAGUACUUGGGGAAAAAGCAGCCAGCCAUGCUCAGCAUCACUGCCUUUGAGCCGUUUAGCAACCGGGUCAAUGGAACGCUACUUGACCACAGUGGCGUGGAGCUCAAACUCGCUGGUACAUAUAAAAGAGAAGAAGCUCAGCUGCUACUCCAGGUUCACCAAAUCCGAGGUCCCGUGGAGAUCUUUGUCAACAAGUUCAAAAUUGACAACUGGGCCCUGGAUGGACACGUGUCCUACAUCUCUUCAUCCAAUUCCUUUGUGUACCAAGGAUUUGUCCGUGGAAAAGGCUUCGGACAGUUUGGUCUCCAAAGACUGGAGAGUUUAGAUCCCAGCAGAGACAAAACAGCUUACAACUUUGCGUCCAACAGCAGUUCUGUGGCCGCAGCCAUUCUAGUGCCUUUUAUAGCCAUGAUCAUUGCAGGCUUCGCUCUGUACCUCUACAAACACAGAAGAAGACCCAGAGUCCCUUUCAAUGGCUAUGUGGGCCACGAGAACACUAAUGGACGGGCUACAUUUGAGAACCCCAUGUAUGACCGCAACAUUCAGCCGACUGACAUCAUGGCCAAUGAGACAGAGUUCACAGUCAGCACAGUGUGCACAGCUGUAUAGUGACUGCUUCCUGUCAAGUCUCAGGAGGAGAGGUUUGCCCCAUCUUCGAGGAUAUUCCUCCAUAGUUCCUUAAACAAGAUGGCAAAUUUUAUUCACUGAAAAAAAUUAAAGAAACAUCCCUGACAUGAAAGAAGCAACACAAAACAUCACAUCUGGAGGAAAUGUUUGCACCUGAAAGUGCGUUGAAGCUGUGACCGCUCUCUUCAUCACCCUCUGCCUCAACAUAAAGAAAUUUUGCAGUCGGUAUGUGAACCUGUGGCUACCAGAGAUCAACGUACAAGAGAAAAAUAUGGCAGACGGACAGCCUGUCAGCCGGACUGGACUUUACAUUCUAUGCUGUGGUUUCCAUUACUUUGUUUGGAUUUUUACACCGCUUGCUUCCUGUAAUGAUAAACUUUAUUCAUUCCCAGCCAUCUGCUUCUACGGCUGGUUCCAUCCACUAGUCUGCAUCCCCAGAGGAUAGAUUUAAAAUGCAAUCCCAAGGAGAGAAAUAUUCAGUCCCUACUUUUUUUUUUUUUUUUGCCAAUGUUCUGCAUGUAGGCCAAUGGUGUCCAUUGCAAAGUUUUGAGGGAGCAAAAGGCUGCAGAAAAAGCGCUUCGUGAUGCAAGACGGUUGAUGUUGAUAUCUGCAAGCCUAAGUUAAAUUCCCCCUCCAUUCUAUCCUCUAAUUUUAAUGUGGAUUAUUACUCCAUCCUAGAUACAUCCUAAAUCACACCAGAAGCAUCGGUUCCUGUGUUCCUACCCUGAUGUUUAGACACUUGAAGUAAACAAAACAAAAAAACACUUCUCCAUCAAUGCACAAUCACCUUGAGAACAUGUUACUUGUCCUGUUUCCAAAGAUCUUAACAGAGCUGUAGCAGUUACAGAACAGCAUGUCACUGUGGAAACUGCAAACUUGAGAUGCAGUAUAGUCAUCAGCAGAAUUUACAAGGAUUUUGUAUCAAAAAUAAGCACCGUGACAAAGGGAUGGGCAUUUGACAUCAUUUUGUUGAUCAACUAUCAGGAUUGGGAUCUCUGAAUGUCCUCAAAUCCUGUUUCUAAUACUCUUCUAUGCACUCCAUUUUUGCUUCAGUUGAUUAAAGAUGCGAUUACUGACCAAUUCCACACAAUCAACCCAAGUGUUUAUGAAUUAAUCUAUUAUUAUGCCCAUUCCUAUUGUAUACAAACUAUUAUGCAUAACACCAACAUUAUGGCAAAUUCUAAAAUUUCCAAUGCAAGUCAUCCUCCACUUUUUGUGCAAAUUCCUACUAAAUUCUGAUGAGGACAUGCUCCGUUUGCGCACCCUUCAUUUAGUCAGCUCAAAAAGUGUCCAUAUCUGCAGUGCACCACCCUGAGAAGUGACUAGAAGGUGCUUGACUCUGCAGUAUGGGUGAAUCAGUGAUUAAGGUCUGUUGGAUUACAUUCUGUUUUUUUUUCCUUUAAGUUAACUUUUGACAGCUCACUUCCCUUUGAAAAAGAGUAGCGUUGCUUUUUUUUGUCUUGGGUAGCCAUGAAUAGGUCAGGGGGGGCUUUUUCAAAGCUGUGACGGCAGGCGAGUCGCAGGCAUACUGAUUGGUUGGAAUUCAAAUCGAAAAGUUUGCUUUGGAAUCAAUGAAAGACCAACAUCUGUGAAUGAAAAUACUGUUUAGGGAGUGAGAGAGUCUUGUUUGUGUGUUUGUUUGAGAAGGUCACGCCUGAUGGGAGGAAAGGAUGCUAAAAUGAAUUACCUAUUGCCCUGCCCUUCGCUAUUUACCUCUCAGCACCCUCAUACCUGCGUGGAUGCUAAAGUGGCAUGGGUAGUGCUUGACCUCCACCACAGCAAAUUGAGCCAUUACAUGCACUUUGUUUUAAUUUUGCCUUGCCAUGUUGUGGAGUCUCAAAAUAGCCAUCCAUUUUACCAGUGACGGCGCCCAUAGUUGAUUAUGUAAUCCAAUUUAGUGUGUACUUCGUGGCACCCUUUUAACAUAUACAGAUCAUAUAUUUGAAUGCAGAAGAGUGGCUUUGACAUACCAAAUCAGCAUCCAUACAAACAGGUUUUUAAUGAAGUGUUUAUAAUCACAUACGUAUAGAAUUUCCCACAGAAAUCCAGGCCUUUGAAACCAAUCACUGUAAUGUUCCUUCAAUCAGAGUGGCUGUGGGGCUGGUAAUUGUUUUUACAAUGUUAUUACUUUUACAGCCCCUCACUUAUCUCAAUGCCACAGAUAGAAUAUUGCCCCUUGCCAGCCAUGCUCGUGAAUUGAUGGAAAAGGAAACAAUUGAAUUACCCCGGAGAUUUCACGGCGGAGCGCAGCACCCACGUUAUCUCACAAGGCAUUGGUGCUCACUUCUCACAGUCGUAUGGAGGUGGGGUGGUUCUCUAUUUGGGAAUAUCAUGUUUUUUUUUUUUUUUCCGUUUGGUACUGUUCUGAAUAUUUCUGCAGCUUGGCUAUGUUCACUUAUUUCCAGGUGGGCCUGUUUAAUUGAGUUUCCAUUGCAACAUUUGACAGAUAAUAAUACCCUUUGUUAAGCUUAAUUGAAUAGCCAACAGGAUACAUUUACAUCUAGAUUGAACUGUUUCUUUUGACAGGAACAAUUGUGAUUGUUUUUACAUACAAGGGCUCAAUCUAAAGGACCAGACUCAAACUUUUCCCCUUCAUGUUUUUCUACCUUCUACACUCUCCAAUAAGCACUUUAUGUUCAUCAUAGUGCCUUGUUAGGACCCCAUAAUACAAGUAAUGGUUUGCUUCAAAAAGUCCAAAAUGCAUAGAUUGGGGGUCUCCAUUAUUGCUCUUGCUGCCUAAUCCUUUACAUCAGUGGUUCUCAACUGGUUUGGCUGCGAGGCUCACCGUCACCCCUCAAUGACAAGUGGGGACCUGGAAAUUUUUCAACUCAAACUUCUCAAACAUCUUAUAUUUAAAGGGGCUGUUUGCAAUGCUGCUGCCUGGAGGGCACUGACUUUCAAACUUGAACCGUCUUCAUUGUGGAUGGAAUUCUCCCACGCAACGUAAUCUCCAUGUCUCUCUUUAUGGUGCACUCUUCUCCAGCAGAUAUCUGCAGCUGUGUGUCCUACUGACAGCACAUUUAGACCCCUCUCGCUGAAGCUUGGCAAUGUCGCCCAUAAACAUGGCACUCACCUUGAAUAGCACAGACAAGAAUGUGAGGCACGUUCACGGACAUUGGGUCAUGAUAUACGUAUAUUGUUUUGCUCUGGCAAAGACCUGCAACCCACUGAAAACACUUCCGUGACCCACCCACCAGUUGAGAAUCACUGCUUUAUAUGAAAUGCAUGUAUUACACGCCUACUGAAGAAAGUUCUUUACAUCUAUAUUAUUUUGGAAGGAAAAUAUUUUCGGCUGUGUCAGAUUUUUCUUGCUAUUUUGGUCCUUAUUAGGAUAUUACUGCAGUAUAAUGUGUGGAGGGAUUAACGCCGAUAGACUAAUUUAUGUGUUAUGUGUUUGUCUGCUUGAUUGCUCAUUGCAUGUUUUUGGAAGUCUAUAACCAAAGAAGUUAAGUUCAACUUUUCUGUUCUUGAUGUUGCAUCUCUUAGUUUUGCAAAUUUUUAAACAGGGCCAUUCAGGGCCAGACAUUCUCAGAAUAUCACGCUGGGUAUUUAACAGAAAUGGGAAAGUUUCACCUAACGAGAGUUACAUCUUCAUUUGGGGGUUUAGUCCAGAAAGUUCUCUCCAGGAAAGUGCACUGAAGUUAUAUGAGGAUGUCAGAGUUAUGCUUAAGGAGUUAUCAGCCAACUUCCUGGUUCUUUUGCAUAUUUAAAGACAUAGACUCUGUCCAUCUUCGACACAUUUUUGUUAUCAGCAAGGCACAGCUCUCUCCAGCUCACCAUCUCGUCUAUAAUGAAACAGACCGCGGUUCCUCUUCCCGCAGAGUUGACUCCUCACAGUCAGGAAUGCGACUAAGAGCUUCCCGGAUUCACUUCUCAGUCCCCCGCAACAGUUUACGAAUGAAACAAUCCGUCAACCAUGGGGUAAACUCUCCUUUGUCAUCUCAAGUAUCCCACCUGUGCCAAAGCCACUCUCACUGCUGUGUGACCGCACAAUUUAGCUCCAGUUUUUAGCAAGUGACUCAAGCUUAGACAGCAUUUUUAAAGGCCCGGCAGUUACAUAAUUUGUCUGAAUGUAUUUCAUUUUACUGAGUGCGUCCCAAGACUUCAAAAUUAGCUUUUUUCUUGAGCGCAGCAUUUGCCUUUUUUUUUUUUAUCACAACAUAUUUUCUGCUAGUGCUCACCUUUGCAAGCAGGUAAGGAAAAAAAAAAAGAUUCUUCUUUUUACAAAAAUCUCUAAAUCGACAACUGAAUCCGUUGAUGACACAAAAGCACCUGAGUGAGCUCCACGUGGCUCUUUAACAAGACUGAGCAUCAUCAACGCAUACUGAUAACGUCAAACGGAAAUGAAAAUGGACAGGAGAGGACUGUGUAACUUUAAAGUGUCUCUGGAAAAAAAAAAAGACAAUAUUAGCAAAUUAAAAAGAACUUUUUUGUACAGAGAUAUAUUUUUAUGAAAAUACAUUUGUAAUAUAAAAUGAAAAAAAUCUGAAUUGACAUAUGUACUUUUUUCCAUUAUUGUAGUACAAAUGCUAGUGAGGAGUACAUGGACAUUGAUUGAUAUGUAUAUAUAUAUAUAUAUAUAUAUAUAUAUAUAUAUAUUUAGAAAGAGAGAGGGAGGAGAAGCGGCAUAGAAAAUGGAUGGA